AUGUAUUUGAAUCAAAUAGCCGCAAUGCUUGGCCAGCAAGGUGCCGAUUCUGCAGCCGGAUCUCAAACAGAGCAGCCAGUUUCAACACCCAGCGACGUGGUCACAUCCUCAUGCAGCGAUGAACCGUCGCCGAAUACACCUGUGGAUCAUGGCGAGCAGCAGCAACAACACGACCAGCAAGCAGCAGUUUCGUCUGAGUCGGCGAGCAGUCCAGCAAAAGUUGGUGCUAUUGGAGAAAUGCCUUCAAUGACGCCACCAAGCGAUGCUCCCGUGGUGCCAGAAGUGCCAAAUCCAGUGGAUGUAUCGCGACUGAUCUCCGAUUUCUUUCCCGGCAGCGGAUCGAAUGCCAGUGCUGCACUGUAA